UAUUGCAAAUUUGCUGAAAGUCAUGGAAUAUUUAGGAAAAAAUGAAUAAUCGCGCAGCAACGUAGCUACAGUGAGAGCGCAAAGGUUGGUAAUCUGGACUAUGUGGUAUUGACUACGAAAUUGCUGUUCUCUUGUGAAUAACUGCACCUACGGGGUCGACAAAAUAACAACUAAGGGAAUUCCGCUGAGAAACAGGACCGCAAAAAACUACUGGAUUGUGAAAACAUGGAGACAAGGAGAGAAGCGAGCUGAAUCCAAGUUUUGGGAUUUUGAGCGUGAAACAUUAGGGAAUUAUCGAGGUCCGUUUAAACGGACAGUGCUGUGGACUUUUAACACGUCACUUGGUUGUCUUUUUUUCACUCGCUAGAUCUUCUUAAAUUCAUUAUUUAGGAGCAGAAGGAAAAUCGGCGAGCUAGCCUAACUUAGCUAGCGGCUAGCUACUGUAGCUAACAUCAAAGAACAGUAAAGUUUUCUGCCGGAGAGCUCGUCGGGUUGUUUAAAUGAAAACCGUUUCACUUUGAGCGUUUAUGAAAGCAAAAGAUCUUUAAAGGCUUAGAUAAACGAUUUUGAAAUGAGUUGGGACUUGUAAACAAGAAAAGUGGCUACGGUUUCCAGAAGUCUCGAAGGGAGAGUGGAAGGUGUUUUUUUUUCUUUUUUUGGGAAAAAGUCUUUCCUUUUUCCACCAGUAGUAGCCUAUACGGUAUCACGAAAGCCAAGAGGCCUAUUUGGAAACGGUGAAGAUUCCUUGUGAAAACCCAAUGCUACAUAUUCAACGAGGAAUACAGUAGCGAUUCCCAAAUACUGGUUAGAAGUUCGUUACGGAUUAUUUUUUGGUUUGUUAUGAAAGUAUCCGUAAUACCAACGAAUACGACGGACGACUCAAGAUAUCCACGAGCUGCAAUCGACAGAGAUGCAGACGGGGAACACUAACAUGGGAACAUUUGUGACGGGAAACUGAGAAGGAAAAAACAUACAGCCUAUCUAGCAAUAGACUACAUAUAUCUGUCCGUCAGUUCGACAAAUCAUAAAUAUAUUCCUACAAAAGUGAUGAUAACCGCUUUGAAUGAAAAAAGGAAUAAUCGUGCAAGUGGACAGAGACAAAGAGUUGGGAAACCAGGAGAGUACAUUGUUAUUUUGUGGGGAAACAAAUUAACAAUAGGUAUAGCUAACGGUAGCUAGCUAGCUAUUACUUCUCUGGUGGUAUUGACAAAGGCGGCUGCUGCUACGGUGGCAGGCGAUGCGUGUUGGGGAGUCCGGGCUCGCAUUUUUAUUCUGAUAAAAAGCAUUAGCCAUAGGCAAUAUCCAUUCCCUAAUUAAGUAUUUCCUGAUACUCAGAGAUAAACGUGGUGUUGCACAGCAGGAAUAUAUAUUUUUUGCGCAUUUGUCCGUUAUUUUAUAAGAAGGAUUUUUGUUUACACGUUACAUUAUGAUUUACGAUGUUUUUCCUUUUUUCUGUUCAUUUUACAAGGGAAAUAGCUAACUGUUCACAAAACAACGGGAUCCAGUGUUAACUAGCAUAUCUUAUGAACAGAUAAUUCAGACAGCUGUCAUCAUUGCUCCUCGUUUCCAAACGUAUAUCACCUUGACGGAUAUUAAGGAGGGACCUGCUACUUUCCAAAACACGGAUGGUUUUUGUUUUUUUGAUAAGAUGCUAAUUGGAUAAAAGCCGAAGACAAACUAGAAACAAAAGCCCAAUGAGCGGCAUACAGUCUACAAUCACUGACAGGUUUCCCAAAAAAGCGACCAGGGCAAGCAGCAUUCUCAGCAAGGACCACCCCCCGGACAAGAAGCCCAAGAGUGACAAACAGACCACGCCCCCUUCACAUGAGUUUGACCCUACAGAGCUGCUGGCGCAGAGGAGCGGGAGUGUAGCAGAGGGGAAAGCAGAGCCCUGUGGGCUCGUCCAGCGAUGUGUGAUCAUUCAGAAAGAUGACAAUGGCUUUGGGCUGACGGUGAGCGGAGACAACCCCGUGUUCGUCCAGCUGGUGAAAGAGGAUGGCGCUGCCAUGCGGGCUGGCGUUCAGACCGGGGACAGGAUCAUUAAGGUGAACGGGACCUUAGUGACACAUUCAAACCACGUAGAAGUCGUGAAGCUGAUUAAAUCGGGCUCCUAUGUGGCCCUCACGGUCCUGGGCCGGCCUCCGGGCCUGCCCCAGAUCCCCCUGUCGGAGGGCGAGGGGGACGAGGGCCGCCCCGCGGUCACAUCGCCUCACUCCCCCGGGCCGUCGCCCGCCGAACGCACCUCCAGCCCCUCGGACCGGAUCACCGCCCCACUGCCGGUCUGGGAGGAGAAUAACAUUGUUCACUCCCAGAAGGUGGACAUCUUGCAGAAGAUGCUGAUCAAGGAGCAGCAGGACUUACAGGCCAUGAAGGAGGAGUACAGCAGGAACCCCACUCCGAAACUACUGAAGGACAUUCAGGAAGCCAAGAAGCACAUUCCACAGCUACAGGGCCAGCUGAGCAAAGCCACCGGGGGCACGCAGGAUGGCCUUCCCUCCCCUCGGCCCGGGGACGUGCUGCAGCUGAGCGAGGCUGAAGACAGCAGCACAGGCGAUGCAGAGCAGAUGCUCUCCUCACGCAGCGACAGCUGGGCCAACAGCACAGCGCCCCCUGUCACUUCCGGCCCGCCCUCCGCCUUCCCCGAGAGCCCGUGCCAAAGAGACACGCCCUGUAACAGCCCAAAGACCACGCCCAGGGACAGCCUCAACUCCUGCCCCUCCCCCGAAACGGAGGACACGCCUGACCCGGACUCUCACUCCCAGUCCAGUGUGGGAAGCCCCUCCCCCCGCCUCACCACUCAGAUCAUUGGAGCAGAGGAUGACUACUUUGACACCGAGCAGGAACAGAUAAAUGGCCAGUGUAGUUGUUUCCAGAGUAUUGAGCUGCUGAAAUCUCGCCCUGCUCACCUGGCUGCCUUCCUCCACCAUGUGGUCUCUCAGUUUGACCCCGCCCCACUGCUCUGCUACCUCUACGCUGACCUGUACAAACAGACCAAUCCCAAAGAGACCCGGCGGAUCUUCAUGGACUUCCACACGUUCUUCAUGGACCGAGCGGGGAAUCUUAAAGUAGCUGUGCCAGAGUCCAUCGCCUCUGAACUGGAGAGGAGAAGGCCGGAGCUCAUUCCGGAGGAACUCCACAGGCAGUAUGUGCAGGUUCUGCAGGACAGUCUGGUCCCCGACAUACAGAAAAACCUGGAGGACUUCAGGCAGAAGCGCAGUAUGGGGCUGACGCUGGCCGAGGCGGAGCUGGCCAGGCUGGACACGGAGAGGGUGAGAGACCGCGUGGCCCUGGAGAGAGAGCGCUCCUGCGCCGAGCACAUCAUCUCCAAGAUCGAGGACGUGCUGCUGACCUCGCAGCCUGCAGAAGAGGAGAAGUGUCGCACCAUGCAGUUUGUGAUUCUGACCUAUAUGAAGCAGCUGGGGGUGAGGGUGAAGGAGCCCCGCAGCCUGGAGCCCAAACGUGUCCGGAUUCACUUCCUCCCCAAGAUAAAGAAGAGCAUAAAGACUGAAAAAGAGGGAGAGGAGAAAGUGAAGAAGCCUCGAUUUCCCAGCAUCCUCGGCCCCCCCAGGCGGACCAGUCGAAUCGACGCCACCUCAAUAGGCAGGGCCAUGGAGAUGAAUAAGCCGCGGCCGCAGAAGCAGCUGUCCCAGCCGGCGCUGAACAUCCCGGAGCACGCCGACCCCAGCCGCGCCCGGGGCAGCCAGUCCAGCGAGGGCUCAGACCUCACCCCGGCCCUCACCACCUCUCCCCCCUACAGCACCUCCCUCAGCCAGAGCUCUGAGGCAGGCAGCCGGGACUCAGACAGCGGCCUCACGCCCUCCUCCGCCCUCCCCCGGGUGGGAGAGGGACUGCUGUCGGGCGACGCCCAGGACGGGACGCCCCACACGCCCAGCACCCUCUUCGACUUCAGCUCCUGCAGCCUGGAGCACAGGCAGGACGAGGAGCGAGACAGCGACAGGGCUCAGGAGGGAGGAACACCCAGGCCCAUCAGGAGGAUGGACACUCUGAGCAGUGUGGAGCUCCAGAGUGAGGAUGAUCAGGGUAAUGAUCCAGAGCUGGAGCAGGACCCUCCCAACUGGCAGCAGCUGGUGAGCCGGGAGGUGCUGGCCGGACUCACGCCGCACGAGAUCAAGAGACAGGAAGUCAUCAACGAGCUGUUCUACACGGAGCGCGCUCACUUGCGCACGCUGAAGGUGCUGGACAGCGUGUUCUGUCAGAAGCUCACCAGAGACGCCAUCCUCCCUGCUGCUGAUGUCAAGAGCGUCUUCUCCAACCUGGAGGAAAUCGUUCAGCUGCACGUGUCCAUAUGUGACCAGAUGAGUGCGAUCAGGAAGACGGAGACGACCGUCGUGGACCUGAUCGGAGAAGACCUGCUGUCCUGGUUCAGCGGCAGCGAGGAGGAGAAGAUCAAGCGAGCUGUCGGCACCUUCUGCAGCAACCAGCCCUUCGCCCUGGAGUUCAUCAAGGCCCGGCAGAAGAAGGACACCCGCUUCUCCUCCUUCAUGCUGGAGGCGGAGAGUAACCGUUUGUGCCGCCGGCUCCAGCUGAAGGACAUCAUCCCGGCGGAAAUGCAGAGGCUCACCAAGUACCCCCUCCUCCUGGAGAACAUCGCCAAGUACACAGAGGACGCUGAGGAGAAGGAAAAGGUGAAGAGGGCGGGGGAAUGCUGUCGACAGAUCCUCAACUAUGUCAACCAGGCUGUGAAGGAAGCUGAGAACAAGCAGAGGCUGGAAGACUACCAGAGGAGACUGGACCUGUCAUCGCUGAAACAGAGUGAGAACCCCUUAAUCUCUGAGUUCAAGAAUCUGGACUUGACCAAGAGGAAGAUGGUGCAUGAGGGGCCUCUCUCCUGGAAGGUCAACAAAGACAAGACAAUCGAGCUGUACACACUCCUGCUGGAGGACAUCCUGGUGCUGCUGCAGAAGCAGGAUGAGCGCCUCGUCCUCAAGUGCCACAGCAAGAACCUGGCAGGCACGGCCGACACCAAACACAUCUUCAGCCCCAUCAUCAAGCUCAACACCGUGCUGGUGCGCCCCGUCGCACCGGUGAACAACAAAUCGUUCUUCGUGCUGUCCAUGUCGGAUAACGAGGCGCAGAUCUACGAGCUGAUGGUGCAGACCGUGUCCGAGCAGAGAACGUGGCAGUGUCUGAUCACGCAAAGGGCCGACUCCAUGAAAAGGAAAGCGCACACCGUCAUUCCUCUGCCUCCGGCCGAGGAGGAGCGCGAUGCGGCGGAGAUGAGGAGCGACGGAGGCAAAGUGAACAAGGAUCCGGACCGCUCCUCCACCGGGAGCGGCCAGUCCCCCGAGAAGGAGGGCAGCACCUCUUCCGCAGGGGCCACCCGCACCCCGCCCCCGGGGUCCAACCCCUUCGAGGAGCUGAAGCCGGAGGAGGAAGGGGCCGAGCUGGAGCGAGAGGCGGACGAGGGGCCUUACCUGGAGCCCGACCUCGUGGACAGGCUGCCCUUCCUGCCACAGAGGUCACGCCAGGGCGUGGCCAUCGACGACGAGGAGGCCGACCCCUUCGCCCUGCCCCCCUCCAGAGCGGAGGAGGCCCUGAGGACCUUGGCGGCCCUGCGGCAGGUCCUGGUGAACCAGAUGAUGGCGCAGGAGGAGGGUGAGCGGGCGGGGCGGGCUGCGGGCGGGCGGCUCCUGAGGACCACGUCCCUGCGGGGCCCCAUGGAGACCGUGGGCCCCCGGCCCUCGGGGCCGCUCCGGUCCCCGGAGAACGGAGCGGGGAGGGAGGACCCCGCUCGGGCGCUGGCCUCCGGGGACACGGGCUUCUUCGAGAGCUCGGAGGACUGCGCAGGUAGCUAUAUGGUGCUGGAAGGAUACGGGGGCCUGGGAGAGAGCAGUACCGACGAGGACCUGCAGGGCGGCGAGAAGGAGCUGGGGGCGCGGUGGGUCUCUGCGGCCGACUCCGGGAUCGACCUGAAGAAGCUGCUGUCGGCCUCCUCGCAGCCAGGGGGCGCCCCCAACGUCAGCCGGCAGGUCAUGACGCACCUGCGCAUGCUGCAGGCCAGCCUGCAGUACCUGAAGGAUGUGGAGAACAGAUAUAACCAACUACGCCAAAGUAUGGCCGCAGCUACGGACACAGACGAGAACAAAGACAAGAGUUAGUGCUGGUGAAGCUGCCCAGCCCCUCUGUCCAAACAUGAGGGAAGCGAUGGUAAUGGAGGGAGGGGCAGCCUCUUGUCUCUUUCCUUCAGGAAGUCCCAUCACAGCCCCCCCCCAAAUCACUGCUGAGCCCCGAACCUCACAGAGACUGAAGAGAGCGAGUGAGAGAGACCCUCUGCCAGCACAAGCCAAUCAGGGAAGACGGACCGCCCUCAGAUGCAUGCUCUAGCCCCCCCCCCCUUACCACAGUGACCCCGCCCAACCUUGGCGUGUUUGGCUCCACCCAACCCCAUCCUCACAAUCCGAACAAAAACGAACUAUACCAAAAUGUAUAAAGCUUUGUGUUUAGAAUAUAUUAAACACAGAAACGAGAAGAAUAAAAGAACAAGGACAUUUUUAAAAUAAUGUAUUUAGAAGGUUUUCUUUUCUUUUCGUUUUGUUUUUUUUUUUUUUUACCCCAAGAUGUAUUUAUUUCAUGUUUUCGUCGUCGUCCUGGAUGUUGUUCUGAGUAUCGGCCCCCCUCGUGUCCCCUUGCAUGCCCCCCGUCCCCCCGUCCCGCUGCGAUCGCGCCCUCACACCCCAGCUGUGGACAGGCGGUCAGGACCCCCUGGCUGUGUCCGUGCCCCUCUGUGCUGCCCCUCCUCUGGCCCUCGGGUUGGUCCCGCUCCAGGGCUCCCCCGCCUGCGGAGGCUCCGUGCUAAACCUGAAGUGAAGGCUAAAGCUGAAUGCAAAUGCAGCUCGGUGAACCUGACAGCCUCUGUGAGUUUUCUAAAAGGAUUAUUCGGUUGCGAGCGCUUCGCUCGUUUUGCUGUUUGUCCUCACCAGGCCAUGGCGAAGUUCAGCCCGUGUGUGUGUGUGUGAGUGUGAGUGUGAGUGUGAGUGUGAGUGUGAGUGUGAGUGUGAGUGUGAGUGUGAGUGUGAGUGUGAGUGUGAGUGUGUGUGUUUCUGUGUGUGAGACUCUCUAUGGCUUACGUUGUGACCAAGGCUGGUUUGUGUGUGAGAGAGUGUGAGAGAGUGUGAGAGAGUGUGAGAGAGUGUGAGAGAGUGUGAGAGAGUGUGAGAGAGUGUGAGAGUGUGAGAGUGUGAGAGUGUGAGAGUGUGAGAGUGUGAGAGUGUGUGAGAGUGUGAGAGUGAGAGAGUGAGAGAGUGAGAGAGUGAGAGAGUGUGAGUGAGUGAGUGAGUGAGUGAGUGAGUGAGUGAGUGAGUGAGUGAGUGAGUGAGUGAGUGAGUGAGUGUGUGUGUGUGUGUGAGUGUGUGAGAGCCAGGCUAGUGUGAGAGUGAGUGUGAGUGUGAGUGUGAGAGUGUGAGUGACUCUCCUCGGCCGGCACUAUGAGCCAGGCUAGUGGCACACUGUGCAGUCUCGCCCAUCCGAAGGGAAGGCAGGCGAGCCUGGCCCUGCAGGACCUCCCCGCUCACGUCUGUGUGUAAAACUCCCGAGGUCUCAUUGCCAAUUAAACCAGCUACAAUAGUUUAGCCGCUUUGACGGGCACGGGGAUCAGCCCCUUGGAGGCGUCUCAGGAAUACGGCGUGCGUUAAUGACUCGUGUAGGGAUAUCACAGCCAGAUUCUUCCGUGCCCGUUUCCGGCAUUCGACCGAGGAAGGCAUCUUUCUCAGUUCAGCUGUGGUGGGGGGGGUGUCGGUGUCGAGACCUGAACUUGAUUUUUUAAUAACGCAAAGGUCUCUAUUCCCGCGGUAGAGAAGAGGGCUGUAGGAAUAUUUAAAAUGGAAGACUUUACCCGUGGCUGAAGGAGUGAUGCUGAAUGUGAAGGCCACACACAUUCACAUCUCGUUUGAGCUGCCUGUAUGCACCAGUAUGCAUUAGUGAUACUUUGACUUCAUAAUCAACCCACUGCAUUGGAGCCACACAGUGUAGUUAGUAUUAUAACCAAGGCAGAAGAAGACUGCCUACUAUUCACAUCAAUAACCCCCCCCCCCCCCCCCCCCCCUUCUGAAAUAAUGUCGUAUUCGUCUUUUUUCCCCUUCUGCUGAAAGUCUGUACCUUCCAGACCUCCAGACAUGGAGCUCUGAAUUCAUCUUCCCCCAGUGCUAGGCUCAAUCCCUCUCCCUGCUUAACUGUGUGUGUGUGUGUGUGUGUGUGUGUGUGUGUGUGUACAUGUUCUUUAGUUUUUUUUUUCGUACCAUGUUACUGUACAACGUCCUUCGGAAACAAGCUACUGAAGACCUUUUUCUCUGGCAAACGGAGGUUAUUGGGUGAGAUUGAGGAGUUUCUGGAUUUUCGGGGCAGAUUGAGGACUGCUCAAAAGCCAAUCUGCUCCAGUUCAGACUUCAGCCAAGCAACAGGACUCAGGCCUGCCCAGGCUUCAUGUGGGACUCUUGGAUUUAAAAAUGAAAAAAAGAAGAAAACUAAAAAGCUAAACACGUGAAUGCAGGAACAUUAAAAAAGGAACUUUGUGGAUAUUUUUUAAUGUAAAAAAAAAUGUACAAUUAUGACCAACACUGCAUCUCUUAACUAGACAAAGAAACAUCUUCAUAAUUAUUUUGUUUUGUUUUGUUGUUUUUUUUCUUGCUUUCUACAUCAUACAAUCAUUUAUUCUUUUAACAGAAACUACUAAAAAAGAGGAAUAAAUAAAGAGACAGCGAAGUAUCCCUAAAAAUAAAAAUAUUAAUGCAAUCUGUAUUUUUAUUGCUCAUUUUGUCUAGAUGUUUAUGAGGUAUAUUUUUUAUUAAUUAUUAUGAAUAUUAUUAUUAAUAUGGUCUUGGUUUCCUGUUCAACACAUGAAUGAUAGCUCUUUUAGUUGAGAUAUUCUAUUAAAUUUGAACAAACUGAUAUAUUGUUCAAUACGAAAGGCAAGAUGAUAAAUUGUGUAUUUUUUAUUUUAUUUUACU